AUGGAUAUGACCACAAUACUUUUUGAUACAAUUUACGCUAAAGGUCCAGCUAGUGAAAUCCACUCUCCUCGGAAGGAGCAUUGGCAACAUUCCGGAUCUCCACGAAAAUCGCCAAAGGAUGCAUGUUCCGCGGUUGGUGUCCAAAAAGACCCGUGUGCCGACAAGUCUGCCGGUGGUGAUGCACCUUUCAAUAAAGCGUGCAAAUGUAGGCCAGAUGGAAAGAGCUCAGCUGGUGACCGAGGUAAAACGGGAGCUGGAGUAACGGGUUCCAGGGCAGGACGGACUUGUGAAAAGGAUUCUGACAAUCUUCCAGCAGGUGCAAUAAACCCAGGCCUUCUACGGCAUAUUCAUAACGCAGCUCGAUAUAGAUUACCCCAGUGUUUCGAAGGAGCCUGUGUAUCAGUAAAACAUAGUGCGAAAUCGAACUGGGUGUUUGGGCAUUCACUUUCAUUUAGUUCUGUGUCACCAGGAGGUUAUAAGGUUCUGAUGUCUUACGUAGAUAAAGAAAAGCCGGCUUCUUUGCCUUACUUUGUAAUGGAAGCAGCGCCUGGUGGCCAAAUGAGCUGUGAAAUGCGGGUGAAUCCCACUCAAGGCACGAGGGCAACAGUGGUUGCACAAAUAGCUGAAGGAGAAUUCUAUAGUUUCGAGAGCAUCAUGGAUGCUUACUUUAACAGGUUUACAGCUUCUGUAAUCGCUGUGAACCGAGAGUUUAUUGCGCUCCAUUAUCUUCAGGCUGUGACAGAUCAACUAUCUCUGGGUGCGGAGGUGGUGGCUCGCGGUCAGUCUGCGGAGCUGAGCUCUGCGUCGGGUGCCGGUCGCUGGAUCAGCGAGGACCAUUCUAUCAGUGCAACGCUUGGCAACAGGGGCUUGGAUCUUUGUUACGCUAGAGAUAUUAAGCCCUUUCUCACCGUUGCUGCAAUGCUUGAGGUGGGAUUCGCAAUCCGGCGCGCGGUAGCAACACUGGCCUACGAGUGGCACACAGAGGAGUGGACGGUGCGCGGUUCGGCAGACUCCGACGGUCUAAGCGUGUCAAGCGAGGCGAGCGCGCGGCGCCGCGUGUCGGCGGCAGUAAUGGUGAUGGAGCGGCUGGCGGACUUCGUGAGCAAGUCGCUGGAGGGUGGCGAGGCGCCGGCGCCGCCGCCCGAGCCCGGCGACGCUGAUGACGCUGACGAUGUGGAGGUGGACAUCACGGAGCUGGAGGAGAAGGCGCCGCCGCCGAAGCGCCCGCGGAACUGGCUGCUGUCGCCCGUGCCCACGCACCACUGCAAGCGAGAGCAGCCGCCCGACGAUGAUGAUGACCACAGGCAUGAAAUAGAGCUGACGGUUCACCUGAUACUCCUGAUAGAAAGUAAGCAAUCGAUGCCGUCCAUGGAAACCUGCUAUAUUAUAGGAGAUCUUGUCGCGUCUAAGGAGGACAAGUAUGUCUUAAUAAAGAGAAUAGUAGAUGCAACAGACAAAUCUCCCAAUGGCAGUAACAACAAUGGAGGGGGCAAACAGAGACGUUCGCGGACGAACUUCACAUUGGAACAGCUCGGUGAACUGGAGCGGCUGUUUGACGAGACCCACUACCCUGACGCCUUCAUGAGGGAGGAACUCAGUCAGCGGCUGGGACUCAGUGAAGCUAGAGUUCAGGUGUGGUUUCAGAACCGAAGAGCAAAGUGCCGUAAACAUGAGAGCCAGAUGCAUAAAGGAUUAUUAGUAAGUGGCGGUGGCACGCCACUGGAGCCGUGCCGCGUGGCGCCGUACGUGUCAGUGCCGCGGCUGUCUGCGGUGCCUCGACCACCUCCAGCACCACAGCUGCCACCACUCACGCCGCAUCCACCACCUUCCACAGCAUUCGCACCCUUCGACUCCGCCUUACUCUCGGCUGCUGCUCAUCAGACGAGGCCCUACAGAGCUGAUGUUCUGCUGGGACUACGGGGCAAGCGCAAUAAAAAUUACAGGUUAGAUUUUAACUACCAAGUGGAUGCCUGGCAAGGCGCUGUAGCUACUAUCGUAGAAGACCAGGAUUCUGAUGUAUGGGGCACCGUGUGGACCAUGGACACAGAUCAACUCCAUAAUCUAGACGAGCAGGAAGGCGUGUCGAUCGGCAUGUAUUACCCCAAGAACGUGACAGUAACGACACCUAGCGGCCAACAGUUAGUAGCUCGCACCUAUAUAGAAACUAAAAAUCCUAAGAAAGCUAAUGGCACGGAUAUACCUAUGGAGAGACGUCCUUCCAAUACCUACCUCGAGAUGGCGGACGUAGGACCAAGUACCUACACUUCAAAAGUCGGUAACUUUGUGUGCUAA